AAAAAUAGUUUUUGUGUUAUAUCAAAAAUGGAUUUCUUGACUGCUUUAUCGACGGGCGCCAGUGUAGAUUAUGCCACAUCGGAGUACAUGUUCGCCUUUAUGCAGGCUGUUGCCAACGAUCCAAAGAAUUGGCUAAACGAAGUGUCGCAUAACUUUGUCGGUCAAUGCUUCAGAGCUUUGGGAUUACAGUUCAACGUCAGCGUCGAGGCAUUCCAGCGCACCUAUGAUCAUCCGUACAGUGCGGACAACCUAAAUUACAUUUUUAAUGCCGUGCCCUUUGUACUGAAGAACGUGGAAUUAUUUUUCAACCAACUGCCAAUAUCGUUGGCAGACUGUGAACGCUCACUUUCGCAGGAGAGGCCCAGUUCGCAGUUGGGCGGAGAGUUCUAUGACAUAACUAAUCCUGUGCUAUGUUACUUGCGUGUGGUGCACGUUUGGGCAUUGGUGGUCCGCAGUAUAACUGGAAAAUUGCAGCAGAAGGAUAUCGUACGAUAUCUAUGCGAGCCCCUAGCCAGAAUGUCUUUCUGCAUACUGCAAGGCCUUGUGAAGCUGUUGCCCGACUAUGGGAAAAAGUACGAAUUGCUUGAAGAGAAUUGUCUAUGUCUCACGGUGCUAGUACGCUAUAGUAUAUUCUUCACGGAGGCGUGCCAAAUGAUACUGCCGUCUAUGAUGGGCCUGUUUAAGGAACAUUUCCAGCUCUUCUUUGGGUCAACCAAAUCGGCUGUUAACUUUGUCUACUGGGUGUUUUGUUGUGAGAUGUCAAACAAGGACACUUACAUUCAGACUUACCAGUUUUUGGAAUCGAUGCUUAAUUACUUCGCUGAGGGAAAGCAAUGCGAUGCCUCGGGCAAUCUUAUUUUGAGAUUGCUUACCAAUGAACUGAUCAUGAACAAGUUUCUGGCAAUUCAAUUUGAAAUGCUCAAAGUGAAAAACAGCAAUCCUUUGCUGUUAGCAACGCUACGCUAUUUGGAUACACUGCAGCGUCACUUGGUCAGCACAGAUGUAUUCUCGCGUCGCUUUCUGGAGCAACUUUUGCUGGUUUUGCUUGAAGUACCAAAUGCUACGCUUUCGGUAUGCACAGCGGCAGCCGAGCUUUAUGUGACAUUGGCUUCACGCCAAUAUUCCAAGCAGGACAUAUUUAUGCACAUACUGGAAACUUUUGUAAAAUCUCAGAGUAUUGCAGGAAAGUUUUCCAGUCAUGAUCAGUUUAUGGCGCUCAUAAAGAACUAUCUGCUAAAGCUGAUGGACUUCUUUCCAGCUCUGCAAUACUUUAAGUAUUAUAUGAAAGUGCUUAAUGCUGAAAAUGUGCGUGAAGAGAUCCUCCUUUUGACUGCACAUGCUACAUGCGCAUUGUUCGAGCAUCACACAGAGCAAUAUAUCGAAAUGGAACUUUCACGGCAGCAGGUGCACAACCUGCUGCACCACUGGCCAAAACUCGUGACGGAAUCUGCCCAAAAUAUGGAGAUUCGUGCCAUAAUCUACGGCAUCUAUAGCAUGGUGGACUUUACUGUUCUGACAGAACACAAAUCGAGACUGAUCGCAUUGGAGAAACACUGCCUAAACAUAUUCCUGAACGAUGAUACGCUUAGCGAAGCUGAAUUCGCAAUCCUCUUUACAAAAUUAAGUCAGUCGAUAAAAGUCACAGGGAAUGAGCAAAUGCUGGUAGCUGCGGCGCUAGCUUUGCAAGACAGAUAUGCAGAGAUAACCAUCGAAAUGAUGGGUCGCCAACUGGAGAGCCCUCAGCCGGAACUGCUACAAGACUAUGGCACGUGCGUACGCUGCCUUUAUUCUAUGAUCAAAGAGAACAAGCUGCGCGGCCAUCAGGUAUGCGAUAUGUACGAAACACUAGCUAGCCAGAUGUUGCGUGAAAAUGUUGCCAAUGAGCAUUUAGCCCUUUAUGGCUACGAGUGCUUGGCAUUGAUGCUCAUACUGCUGCAUUGCGAGAGCGAUGAUCUGGAGGAUGCGCACGAGCAUAUUGCGAGGUCCGUGCAGCUGGCUGAAGUGCUACGCGACGACUGUGUACGCAAGCUGUCCAACUUGUCGCAGAAUCUGCCACAGGCGAAAUCUCUGUUCUGUGCCAUUGUUGUGCUGCACUUGGGAUUGUCGAGUAAUCUGACUUUGAAUGCGCUCACCUAUGAUACGUUGUCGGCGGGCCUCUCGGAUGUGACGCUCGCACUUAAUGCACGCAGUGAUACACUAGCCUUGAGCUACGUUCAGGAGAUGCACUUACUCUUCCGCCAGCUUCAUGAAAAUGAGCUAAUUGUAUUGCCAACAUAUCGCGUGUGGAAACUUCUAUUGCAGUACAAAAUUGUCAAAACAUCGCCUGAUUAUAUAACCCGAGAACUGGAACAGCUUAUAUUAGUGCUUUUAAAGAGACAUAUUGUUACAUACGCUCAUAACCUGACUGUCAUCCAGCUGCACAUUAACAAUUCCUCUCGCAACAAUAAUCGCUUCACAGCUGCCCUGACUGCCCACAUGCGCCUUGUGGAGGCUAAUUCUAGUGCAAAGGACGCGUGGUUGCUAAGGUUACACGUAUUCAAUGCCUCUCUGGAGCUAUUAGUGAAUAGGUUGGCUGCGCUACGUACAGAAUCCGGAGAUACGCGGUCACGCAAUAAUCUUUUCCCCUUGCGCCACUUACUUGCGCUGGUGAAUACACUGCGCCUUGAGAAGGUCCACUUUAUGAAUAUUGCUCGAUUGCUGGAAAGCUUGCAGGCAAAUGUUAUCAGCGAUGUUGAUAAAAAAGAACUUGAUAGGUUUAUAACGCAAAUUAGCGCAUACAGACUUGCUUGUGAGGAUGACGCUGCCAAGAGCCGCUUAAAACUUCAACCUCCGGGACCUAUGACCCUGUGGCAGGCAAAAGCAUUCAAUUACCCAGAUGCUGCAAAGCAAUUGGAUUUCUCGGCGCAGGAACUAAUCGAUGACAGACACAAUUAA